AAGGUGAAGCAGUCUAGUGCAGCACAGCACAUGAUUGUCAUAGAUUUUUCUUCUUUUCCUUUGUCCCUUUUGCACCCUUUUCUAGUUAGUUUACCUCAAAUAUCUUCCUCUCCCCAAUCUUCUUUCUAUAUUCAGGAAACUGAAUAUCUGACCGACCUAUCAAUCUGUAUACAUAUAUGAAUGAAUGUAUGUGUGUGUAUGAGUGAGUGACUAGGUUGAUAUCAUUAACUCUGCAAAAGGAAAAUGGGUUCUCCCAAGAUUGUGGUGGUGGGCAUGGUGGUGGUGGUGGUGUUGGUGGUGACUAUUGGAGGAGUGGAGGUGAUGGAUCUGCCGCCGUGCGAGUUUCCAGCAAUUUACAACUUCGGCGACUCCAAUUCAGACACCGGCGGUAUCUCAGCAGCAUUUGAGCCCAUCCCGGCACCUUACGGCGAGAAUUACUUCCGAAAACCCGCCGGAAGAGAUUGCGACGGACGUCUUGUCGUAGACUUCAUAGCUGAGCACUUGAGACUGCCAUAUUUGAGUGCAUACCUCAAUUCAAUUGGAACCAACUUCAAGCAUGGUGCAAAUUUUGCCACAGGAGGUUCCACCAUCAGGCGCCAGAAUGAGACCAUCUUUGAGUAUGGCAUUAGCCCUUUCUCUCUCGAUAUCCAGAUUGUGCACUUCGAUCAGUUCAAAUCCAGAACCGGCGAUCUCUACAGCCAAGGCAACUCUGAUAGAGACAAACUGCCAAAGCAAGAGGAGUUUUCUAAGGCUCUCUACACAUUUGAUAUAGGGCAGAAUGAUCUUUCUAUUGGUUUUCGAAAGCUGAGUGAUGAACAACUCCGAGCCGCAAUGCCGGACAUCAUCAACCAGUUUGCCUCAGCAGUCCAACAUUUGUAUGAAAAAGGGGCAAGGGCAUUCUGGAUACACAACACAGGGCCCAUCGGGUGCUUGCCAGUGGCUACCUUCUAUAUCCUCAAUCCACAGCCCGGGUUUCUGGACCAGUAUGGGUGCAUUAAGGGCCAGAAUGACAUGGCUGUGGAGUUCAACAGACUGCUUAAGGACAGAGUCAACAAGCUAAGGGCAGAGCUACCCCUUGCUGCCUUGACAUACGUUGAUGUUUAUACUGCAAAGUAUGGAUUGAUUAGCAACACCAAGAAUCAAGGAUUUACAGACCCACGAAAGGUCUGCUGUGGGCAUCACGAGAACUAUGACCAUGUGUGGUGCGGGCAGAAGGCAAGCAUCAACGGGACCCAAUAUUAUGGUGCUUCAUGUGCAACUCCUUCAACAUUCAUUAGCUGGGAUGGAGUUCACUACUCUGAGGCUGCAAAUCACUGGGUCGCUGAUCGCAUACUCAACGGCUCUUUGUCCGAACCUCCUAUUCCCAUCACCCAUGCCUGUCACAAGAACCCAAGCCUGUAAUCGUAGCAGAGUAUGGAAGAGUAUCAAGUAUCAAUAAAAUCUCAUUGGGGGAAAUUUGGUUGUUCCAACCUUUUUGGUAGUAGGAUUUUUCCAUUGGAGAGAACCAUGUGUAUGUGAAACUCUCUUUACAAUUUUCCAUUAGUAUCGAUCGGACAAGAAAGGACACGAUGAAAACAGGUAAACCAAUAUCCUGUCCUGAAACUCCUUGCCAAUGUUUCAAAUAAAAUGUUUUUUUCUGAAA